UUUUUAACUGGGCAAUCCCAACCAUCUAAAACAAAUCUGUUAAAGCAGAUAUUUUCGUCAAGAGUUGAUUUUAAAUGAUUGACGACAAGAUUGGCUUGGGUUUCGUCCACAACUAAUAACGAACGACCACUAAUUAUACAGGUGUGCGUAAUAGCACCUCAGCAUGGCUGUGGUCAUCCGUUUGCAGGGCCUCCCCAUUGUGGCGGGCACCAUGGACAUUCGCCAUUUCUUCUCUGGUCUGACAAUCCCGGAUGGUGGUGUGCAUAUUGUAGGGGGUGACCAUGGUGAAGCUUUUAUCGUGUUUGCAACAGAUGAAGAUGCAAGGCUCGGAAUGAUGCGCACAGGGGGAACAAUCAAAGGUUCCAAAGUGUCACUGUUACUUAGCAGCAAAACAGAAAUGCAAAAUAUGAUUGAGUUGAGCCGCAGGCGUUUUGAAACUAGUAAUGCAGAUGGGGCUUCAGGAAAUAGCAAUAGGUCAGGGCCUCCCAAUAUUACAGGAGGAACCGAAAGGGGUAACUUGCCAACCACUGCACAAGGUUUUACUAAUACCACUUCAACUACAGCAACCACAGCUGUUUCUGGUAAUGAGCCAGUAAGCAACAAAACCGCUCCAACAUUUGCUUCUACAACUAUCGGCAACAUGCCUGCAAACUUUAAUAAUUUCAGCAGCCCAAAUCUUAGCAUGGGGUCCACCAUGACUACUGCCAUGUCCUCAUUAAAUACUGUACCUCCUCCAAUACCGCCAUUGCCUACAAUGCCAACCUUACCACCUAUGCCGCCCAUGCCAGUACCACCACCGGUUUCCACAUUACCCCCAGUACCAUCUGUAAGCCCUUUAUCCUCAGUGCCUCCAGUCCCUCCCAUGGCUCACAUGCAGCACCUACACUCUACGCUCCCUCCUUUUAAUCCUGGUGUUCCCCCACCAAUUGGUCCUGUUGGUGGUGGUCUUGCUGCAUCAGGGCCACCUUUGUCUCUUGGAAACCCAAAUCCAAUGUUUCUUAACCCCCUAAACCCUCUAAAUUCACUCAGUCUCCAGGCUCAUUUAAAAUCAGCACGGAUGAACCAAGAUGAACUGUACAUACAGGUUCAAGGCCUUCCUUACAGUACAUCUGAAAUUGAAAUUGGCGAUUUUUUUCACGGUUUAGGGGUUGACUCUAUUCGAAUACUCAGAGAUGGUCUUGGCAGGAGCAGUGGCAGGGCGUUGGUUAAAUUUUUUACCCCCCUAGAUUCAUUUGAAGCUCUUAAACUGAACACUGGUAUGAUAGGCCAAAGAUAUAUAGAAAUAUCUCCUGCUUCAGAGAGGCAAUGGAGAGAUACCCAGGGAUCAUGUGCAGAGCAGCUUAAAAUAGGUAGUGACUCUGACCAGAGUCGGCAUCAUCGUGGAAGUGGUGCUUCUCCUUCUGGUCGAGAACGUGCUAGGUCUCGGUCACCUCAUAAACAAGAGUACUGUGUAUAUUUAAAGGGGCUCCCAUAUGAAGCAGAAAAUAAACAGAUAUUUGAAUUUUUCAAAAACCUGGACAUUGUUGAAGACAGCAUUUAUAUUGCAUAUGGACCGAAUGGCAGGGCUACAGGGGAGGGUUUUGUUGAGUUUAGAAAUGAAAUGGACUACAAAGUUGCUCUUGGAUGCCACAUGCAGUAUAUGGGAAGUCGAUUUAUACAAGUGCAUCCCAUCACAAAGAAAAAUAUGUUUGAAAAGAUUGAUGCAAUUCGCAAAAGAAUGCAGGGCUCUCAGGGGGACCAUAAAGGUAGCUCAUCAGAAGGUGGAAAGGGUGCUCGAAUUUGCGCUCAUAUAACUAAUAUCCCCUAUAAUGUGUCAAAGAAAGAUGUACGCCUAUUUUUGGAUGGAAUUCAAUUGUUUGAAGACAGUCUUAAAGUACUAGUUGAUGGCAAUGGUAAUGGCCUUGGCCAAGCUGUGGUUCAAUUUAAAUCUGAGGAGGAUGCCCAUAAAGCUGAAAGAUUACAUAGGCAAAAGUUAAAUGGUAGAGAUGCUUUUGUUCACUUGGUUACAUAUGAGCAGAUGAAAGAGGUUGAGAGAAAUCCUCCCCCACAGUCAAAACGGGGACAAAAGGCUCAAAACAAUUCCCUUGCCCAUGCCCAUGCCCAAGCCCAUGCCCAAGCCCAAGCCCAUGCCCAGGCCCAAGCCCAAGCCCAAGUGCAAGCCCAAAUCCAAGCUCAAGCACAACAUGCUUUCCCUGGAAUGACUGGGGAGGAGUUUAGCUUUCUCAGAAGUGCUGUGGGGAACCUUGGUAAUAGCCCUCCAUUUGUUAACCCGUUUGCUGCCCCAGGUAAUGGCUUAGCAGGCCCACCACCUCUGCCUCCAUUAGGUACAGCUCUGGGUGAUGUUUCACUUUCUGUUCCUCCACCUAUUGUUGGGGGGCACUUACCAGGUCCUGUCAUGGAGCCCCCUGGUUUCCGUCCCAGCGGCAACAAUGCACCUCCUGGUUUUGUUGGAGCCCCAGAGAGCUUAAGGAGUAUGCCAUCAUUUGAUAAUGGAUCUUCAAGAAAAGGUGCAAGUCAAAACCGUGGUGGAAACCAAAGUCGUUCGGCAGGCUCCCAACCUGCGUUUGGUCCAUCCUCUGAAAAUCCAAGGGCAUCAACCACUGGAGGUGUAGGCAACCCACGGCCCACCAUUGUCAAAAUUCAAAAUAUGCCUUUUACUGUUACAGUUGAUGAAAUAUUAGAUUUUUUCUAUGGCUAUAAGGUGUUGCCUGGCUCUGUGUGCUUGCAGUUUAGUGAGAAAGGACUGCCUACAGGAGAGGCAAUGGUUGCAUUUGAUUCCCAUGAUGAAGCAAUGGCUGCUGUUAUGGACCUGAAUGAUCGGCCUAUUGGUGCAAGAAAAGUUAAAAUCACUAUGGGAUGAAGCAAGUCAAAAGAAAUGGACAUGCACUGAGCUUGUUCUAUUUGCAAAGCUUAGAGUUGUGUAACAUAAUUCUUUCUCCAAUCAGAUGACCUGCGUGAUUAACCAGUAAAGUAGAUGCAAGAGAAAAUUGUGUUGACAAAUUGUUUAACGUGCGGGUUAUGGUUUCUUGUCUUUGUGCUUGAGACUGGUGUCAAAUCAUGUAAGAGCUGAGGUUUUGAAGAAUUUAUGAAGGUGUAAGAACACUUAAGUGCUGCAUUUUGCAAGUAUCAGCUGAUGGCUAUGCUGCAGUUUCUUUAUUUGCAUAUGUCUCUCUAAUUACCUAUUUGUUUGUGUUCCUUUCUCAAAUCAGUUUUUGACUGUGUGAACUGUAGUUUGUGGUUUAUGCUUUCUCAGAGCGGAGUACACCUAAUGCUGCCAUGCAUGGUGUAUGUGUCCUUACAUGCAACUUUUAGCCUUCUGUUCAGUUUGAUUUUUUACAGUAGGCAAUGCAUGAAAGUGUUUUGUCAGUUGAUGUUCCAUAUUGAGUGCAAAGUCUAUAGGAUGAAUUUCACCUGUAAGAAACACAAGAUAAUGAAUGCGAUGACUUUAUUCACUGUAAAUGGAUAAGCAGCAGUAUUUAAUAAAUGCUGCAAUGUAAUGUUUUGUAAAUGAAAGCUUUACACUCUGCCUUUUAACAGCUCUCCACCAUGUGUCUGUAUUUCUCCCACAUUUUUGCUGUGAUAUUUGGUAGCAGUGUUGGUUGUUGUUUUGUGGUUUUUUUUUUUUGGUUUUUUUUUUUUUUUUAAAUGUCAGCUUUACACCGUUAUUUUGGUGUUAAAGUUUAUUUGCUGUUGUACAUACUUUUUCCAGCGUAACUCCUUUGUCAAUAAAAUGACAUUUCCUGAAAUUUUGAAUUUGCAAGGUAUUGUAUUUUUCCACCUGUCCCUGUUUACUCUACAAAUAAACAAUAAAGAUUGUUUUUCCUCUGC